AUGUGCCUGUUCAUGCUCAGUGCCAUUAGCGUCAAGCAUUGCCUUGCAGUCCUGUUCCCCAUCUGGUACUGCUGUGGCCACCCAAGACACAUGUCAGCUGUCACGUGUGCCCUGCUCUGGGCUCUGUCCCUACUGCUCACCAUUCUUGUACACAUCUCAUGUAGCUCUCUGUUUGAGAACGAUGAGCUAUGUUUGAGAAUACAUUUCAUCAUAGCCCCAUGUCUGAUCCUUCCAUUUGUUAUUCUCUGUGGGUCCAACCUGGCCUUGCUGGUCAGGAUUCUCUGUGGCUUCAGCAGGUUGCCACUGACCAGGUUGUAUGUGACCAUAGGGCUGUCAGUGCUGGUCUUCCUCCUCUGUGGCCUCCCUGUGGGCAUCAUAUGGGCUCUGGCAGGCACAGUUGCUUUUUACACUCACUUUUCAACCUUUAAGGUCCUUGAAAGGGCUGCUUUUUUGCUGUCUAGUAUUAACAGCAGCGCCAACCCCAUCAUUUACUUCUUUGUUGGCUCCUUUAGGCAGAAACAGCAACAGAGGCAGCAGCGGCAGUCCCUAAAGCUGGUUCUCCAGAAGGCCUUGGAGGAUAUGGCUGAGGGAGAGAAAACUGGAGAAAAUCUUCCUCAGGAAAAUACUGAGAUGUCAGGAUCUCCUUAA